UCCGGCGUCUCGGCCUGCAAGGCUCCAUACAGAUUCAGGCACGGCAUACAGAAGACAAUACUGUGAUAGCUUCGAGCUCUUGAGGUUGAUAUGCUUUGCAACUUCGACAACAUAAGGUACCACCAUCAUGUCUCGCAAGGUACCCCAAUACGAUGACUAUCGAGUCGCAGUACAACAAAUUAUCCUGUCCUCCUCUGACUCGGACUAUCUCGACCAACUGAUACCAGCUCUCAAAGAUGCUACGAAUUCCAAUCGAACACCAGGCCUCAUGCAGAGCUUGUCCCAGUAUGCCAACGAACGCGAGGCUGAUAUCGAACGAAUUGGUUUGACCAAACAUGACGAAUUCCUCCAGUCUGUCAACCAGCUACAGAAAGUCCGGGAGGGGACUGUAGCUCUUACAUCUGAGAUUCUACAGCUCAACCAGUCGAUACAAGCAAGCACCGAGAAGUUAGCGGCACAGAAGGAAGCGCUGGUGGAUACGAAAGCGAUUCGACAGAACAUUGCUGAAGCUGCGGAAGCUCUGAAGGAAUCAUUGAAGAUCUUACAUGCAGUGAAUCAAGCUCAUGAUCUGAUCAAGAAGAAGAAAUACUACGCAGCUCUGAAAGCGCUGGACGAUCUUCAGAACGAACAUUUGAUCCCUACAAUACAGAACAAAUAUGCUACGCAGCACAGGUUGGCGGAUAUCAUCCAGAAAUCCAUACCUUCUUCCCAAAAGGCUAUCUCGGAAGCUGUCAUGUCGGACUUGAAUACCUGGCUAUAUCGAAUCAGAGAGACCUCGCAGUUCCUUGGAGAGGUUGCUUUCUACCAUACAGAACUGCGACGGACUAGGCAGAAGGAACGCAUGGAGUCAGAUGAAUAUCUACGGAACUUCAAGCUCAAUUCUGCCAUUGAAUUAGUGUUUGACGAGAGUGAGGAGUUUGAUGUGCUGGACAAUGAGGAGCUUCAGGUUGACUUUACACCUCUGUUCGAGUGCUUGCAUAUCCAUGAAGCUUUAGGACAGAGCGAUAAAUUCAGAUCAGACUACGCGGCAACCCGAAGAAAGCAGAAAGAGCUGUUGCUUCCUACUGCUAUUAGUUUAGUCGACGACGACGAAAAUAGUUUGAGCAGUUUACUAGAAGGUAUUGCUGGCUUUGCCAUCAUCGAAAAGGCAACUAUGCGACGAGCUCACAAUCUACGUUCUCCAGUGGAUGUUGACGAACUAUGGGAUUCCAUGUGUCAGACUGCCAUUUCGCUGAUCACCAAGGCAUUGGACACCAUUGACAAUGCCGAGGUGCUCCUUAAAAUCAAGGGCGUCAUUGCUCUGUUCAUUCAAACCAUGGACGGCUGGGGUUAUUCUGUGACAACGUUGGACAACUUCUUGCUGACUCUGUUCGACAAAUAUGCUGAACUGCUCAAGAAGAGGUUCAGUGAAGAUUUCCAAGAGAUUGUCUCGACUGAUGACUACAUGCCCAUGCCGAUUAGCAAUUUGGAAGAAUAUGAUAAAGUCAUUAAUGUCAGUUGGUUCACGCCAGACAAACCAAGAGAAGAACUCACAUUUCCAUGCGUCCUACCAUUCUCUCAGAUGUAUCCUCUCUGUUGUAUAGACAUCAGAAAUUUCCUCAACCAAUUUUACUUCUUUUCGGAUGAUCAUUUCCAACAUCCGAAUGUUAUUGAUGAGACACUGAAGAAGUCUCUUGAUCAGCUUCUCUCGGAGAAAGUCUGCAGCUCGUUAGUUGAAAGAUUGAGUUCUCAGUACUUGGGCCAGAUUGUCCAGAUCUUGAUCAAUCUAGAGCAUUUCGAAACCGCGUGCCGAGAACUAGAGCAGCUCCUUAUUGCAGCUCGAUCGUCAAGCUCAGCAGGAGGACCAAUUGUAUUAGAUGCUACGGAGGAUUUCCGAAGCAACAAGAAGACUGCUGAAAAGCGAAUCUUCGAGCUUGUCAACUCAAAGAUCGACGAUCUAGUAGAGACAGCAGAAUAUGAUUGGAUGGCGCCAACACUCGAAACUGAGCCAAGCAACUACAUGCAGACCCUGACUCGCUAUCUCUCCAAUAUCAUGAACUCCACCCUCCUUGGACUUCCACGAGAAAUCAAAGAGCUGAUCUACUUUGACGCUCUUUCCCACGCAGCAAAUAUGAUCCUAGCAUUGCCUCUCUCUCCAGAAGUCAAGAAGAUCAAUCCUAAUGGUGUUGCUGCAUUGGCAAAGGACGUCACUUACCUCUCUGACUUCGUUGACACCCUUGAGAAUGCCCCUAUUCUCAAGGAGAAUUUGGACGAGUUGCAGCAGACAGUGCUGCUGAUGCAGACCGAGAACCCAGACGACUUCUACGACAUCUCGAUCAGGAACAAGAAAUUCGGACGAGUGGAUGCCAUGAAUGGACCUAAGAUCCUCGAGAAAAUCACUCAUUCUGUGAUGCAAAGUCCGUCAAGAACCGAUCGUCUGGGAAAUUUCUCAUCCAGAUUUGGCAUGAGAUAACCAAAUACUUGAUCGUUCACAUCACAAUUGGUCAUGAUUGCCAGGUAAAUGUGGUCAGAAAAUACAAUGCAAUCUGGGGUUUUUGUUCAUUACAUCCAAGCCAAGAAAAUGGCCAUUCGAGGGGGUACUAAUUGCCUCCGAACUCCAUUCCCAAAUCCUACGAAACCC